UUACAGUUUAUCGCAAACUGAGACUAUUCCCCUUCUACGUUGUUAAUUUUUUUUUUGUAAAUGUUUUACAAUAGUCAAUUUUGACUUGCGGUCAGAAACAGAAAAUGCUUCUAAAAACGAUGUCCACGCAUUAAAGUCCUGAAGUUGGAGUGCCCAGUGACAUGAAACUUAUUCCACAACAAGCUCCGUUAUAUGGCAAGUGUCUGAUUACCGUGCAGUUAUGUGAGGAGGAGCAGCUAGGCGAUGUGGAGGGGGUGGAGUUCUACCUGCUGUUUGCUGGCACCACCCAGAGCCACAUAACCAGCACGCUGCGGAGCGGCCAUGACACCCUGCAGGCCCUGUGUCCCGCCCAUGACUGUUGUGAGGCAGUGCGGGUCACCCUGUGCUCGGCCCGACCCGGAGGGACCCCGAUCAUGGUGGCCCAUCACCCCUUCAGCUUCCUCCAGGACCUGGCCUUUGACAUGGCCCAGUUCCUGGUGAGCACAGCAGGGAGGCAGGAUGGCCUGGAGGGGGCUCUGAUGCUGGACGAGUGUCUGAUCCCACUGCAAGAGUGUGAGAGGCUGGACCAGAGCCUGGCACUGGCUCUGAAUCACCUCACCCUGCCCCAUGGGUGGAGCCUACUGGGACAUAAACUCAACAGCAGCACUGAGCAAGAGCCCCAGGAGACCCUUCUCCACUUUGCGGCCCGCCGCGGUCUCCGAAGGGUGGCCGGAUUCCUGCUGCUGCAGCCUGGAGCUCAGGACGCCCUCGGCCUGACCAACAAGCAGGGGCUGACAGCCGCCUGCAUCGCCCAGCAGCGGGGCCACGGCCAGCUGCAGGAGCUCCUCACACAGGCAGAAACAAAAGCUGAGACGGACAGAGGGACGGACUCUUUCACGCCGGGCCCAGCGACAAGGACGGACACCAAGGUGGUGUGUAACAUCCCGAGCCUGAACACGCACACCUUGACCGUGACCACAGCCCCGUGGUUCGACCCCACAGCCCUCCAAAUCAACGUGGAGCAUUUGCGGCACCUCAUCUGUCAGCUACACGCCAAGGGAGUUUCUUCUCUUCAGCUGCAGACUGAGUCACUUCACACCGCCCAGGAAUGCUGUGAGGGCUUAGAGACCGAGGUAGCUUGUUUGGAGCAACCUCGGCAACCAGCCUCCCCAGACACACGAUCCCAGGGGUGUGAGAAAGAAAACAACGGUGAGGGGAACGACAGGGGUCCGUCUCUCGCCACUCCAACCUCAGAGUGCCCCCCUGACGAUGGCCAGUGCCUCUGUGGAGACAGGGUGUGUCUGGGUCCUAACAGCCCCCAAGAUUACGACAAAGCAGAGGAGGAAGAGAAGAAAGAGGGAGGAGAGGAGGUCGCUGGUGGAGUAGGAGCCUCUGGGAGGGUGAGCUGUAGCGGUGACAGUGUGCAGAGCCAGUCUGAGGGAGAAAGCCUUGCCGUGGGAUCCCAACUAUUACCAUCCUGUGGAAAACAUCAUGAGGAAAGCGAUACAGAGGGGACUGUAAUCUGUGGGACCCUGGGGGCCGCAGAGGGGACAAACCAGGAAGGAGAGGAGAGGACCGCUGAGAGGGACGACGAGAAACACUCAGACUUAUCUUCCCUCGGUGGAGGCACCACAACCACAGCCAUGGGGCAAACGCAAUCCCUGGAAAACUCGGGAAGCUCCGACAAUGAUAUGGAGUGCUCCCAGGAAGGGGAGCGCUAUGGAGACAAGGAGAUGGAAAUCGACCAGAACCUCUCUGCUAGACCUCACUUCGAGAAGGACAAAACAGAGAAUGAAGGGUUACCAGACUCUACCAGCCCCUCCAUGGGCCUCCCUCCUUCUCCCUCUGUGUUCACUGGUGACCUCAUGCAGGAGGUUCCGUCUGACGCAGGGUCUACAUGUCCCAUGAUAGAGGGCCCCCAUGACGAGGAACCUCCAUCUGAGACAAACAGCUUGGAACAAAGUCAGGAAACAGCUGUUGGGGAUUACCCUGCGCAGGAACUGCAGGGCAACCGCCCUGAUGUUAGCAAUCACACACGCCCGGGAACGGACCGCCAUUCUGGGGAGUAUGCUGAGAACGAGAUAGGACAUGCUAAUAACUAUGCUGGACCGCUUAGAAAUGAAGAGGUGGAGCUAUCUUCGGAUCCUGAAGGUUCUUAUUUGCCUUCCAAUGAACCCACUGACCUUGAGGAAAGAGCCUCAGAACCCAAGGUUGACUGUGAUAAUGUUGACGAGGAGGUGAAUGAGGUGUCUAAUUCCAGUGAUUUGCUUUUCACAAUGGCCACUUCCGAAGCCUACUUGGGAGCGGCACCCGACCUCUCCAGCGACGAAGACACGUUUCGCUCCGUCAGCAGCUCUUUGACGGAGAUCUUCCCACUGACGGAGGACUCAAACAUAACUGGCGAGGAAGGUCAGGAGGAAGACUUUGAUGUUUUCAAAAUGGAGGCAAGUGAGGAGGACACACGCGACUCAUGGAUCCCCAUGGAGCUGAGCAGCAAUGUGGGGAUGGGCUUGGGAAAGGCCCCUGUGACACUCUCUGGCACAGGACCGAAACCCCAAUCUCCCCCUGGUCACAACACAACAGAGCCAUUGAACGCUGAGAAGACACCAGAGCCCACGCUAGAAAAUAAAUCAGCAGCCUUGGUUACGGCGCCAAUCGACCAACCAGUGGAGGUGAAUGAGAGCCUGUGUUCACUUCCUGAAGUCAAUGACCCGGAACUCACAGAUCAUCCUGAGGAGAUCCCAUUGGGGUUGAAGGUCGCGGAAGAGGACAUUUCUGGAUUCACAGACCCUGAAGGCUGUGAAACUCCUACCAUCGACGACGAGGCCCCACCCACAGGGACCAGCUUCAGCUCUGAGGUGGCGUCAGACGGGGAGAAAGAUCUUCCAUCGGACCUAAGGCCACUCUGCGGGGACAACUCAGCGAUGGUGGUGGCAAGGGGUCCCUGUGACACCACGGCAGAUUCAGGGCCGUCCGAGGGUCAGCCACCUAUAGACAACAUCUCCAAGUCCCCUUCUGAUGACAUCAUCCAGGAUCUGGGUCCUGGUUCAGUGUCCGAGGAUUCAGAUGGUGUCCCUGGAGCAGGCCCUGCCUCCCCUGGGAAACAGGGGCCUGAGGAACCGUCUUCUGAAGAGUUGCUACCAGACCUGACAGCACAGAGAGCGGAUGGAGCACCUGGGAACAUGGAAGAAGCAUCAAUUCACCCAACCUCCCCUAAAGGUGUGCAUGUUUCAGUGACUGAAGAAACAGUAGAUGGACAAGCAGACAUUUCCUUGAUCCACAGAGACAAGGAGGCAGCCUACCCUCUCCCCCUGGGUCCCUGUGAGCAGGCCUCUCCCUCGGUCAGCACUGGCAGCACACUCUCCACAGACUGUCCCCAGUCGCCCGUGUGUCCCGCUGUGAGCAUCUCCUCCGGCCCCCGAGACUCUGGCAGUGACACCGAGAGCUUCCUCAGCACAGACGCCGGAGAGGACUGCGUCUUCAGAAAGGGUGAUGACACUGUGACCGGUGGGGACAGCACCAGCGAGGUGUCCGUCUCGUGCUCCUCCACAGACGACACUGCCAGCGUGGGCCCGACCAGCUCCAGCCCGGAGAGCUGCGUGGAAGGCCAGGGGCUGCGGAGCAGCUGGAGCCCAGAGGAGGGCAGCCAGCCUGGGGCUAACGCCGGAGAAGGAGCAGGGGGUGGAGGAGAAACUGAGGAGGAGGCUAAGGACAGGCUGACGGAGGUCCCCAGGCGCUCGGGCAUCCUGCGGCCCAGCAUACGGUCCCUCUCUCCCUUCAGACGCCACAGUUGGGGGCCAGGGAAGAACGCAGUUGGAGAGACAGACAUGAAGCAGAGAAGCGCUGUACGAAGUCACGGGGAGGGGAAGCCAACAUUUCAUAGAAGAAGUAUGAGCUGGUGCCCCCCUGAAGCCCCCCUCAGCCCUGGCCUGGAUGUGGUUAGUUGCCUAAGCUACAGCCUGGAGGGCCUGAGUGCAGAAAGGGAUGAUGGGAGCGCUUCCGCCAAGCGGUUCAGUACCCUGGAGCCUCAGCGAGGUGUGGUCCGUCAGCACAGCGAGGAGAGGGCUGGGUCGCUGGUGUCCCUCACAGAGGAACACGAGUCUGACCUGGCUGAGCGCAGUGGCACGGAUGGACAGAAGACGAGGAGGUAUCGUCCCUUGAGGCACAGCUGCCCUCCUAUGACCCUUCCCCUCACCAAGUCAGUCUCCAUGGUAGCCAUCAGCCAGAGAGACACGGAUGCCGUGCGCCGAAUCCACCGCAAGAGGAGAAUCUCCUUCUCCUUCAACCUCUCGCCUAUCCUCCCCAAAUCUAAAUCUGUUGUUUCCCUGGACUCUUCGUCCAGUGAGGACGAGGAGGAUGGAGACUAUAAUAUGAGGUCAUUCUCCAGCACCUCAGGCUCUCUGGCGUACAGUAUUUCUGAGGAGGAGCCAGGGCCUCUGAGAAGUGACACAGAGGGGAAGAGCGGGACCAAGGUGAGCCGCACCUUCAGCUACCUCAAGAGCAAGAUGUACAAGAAGACCAGGGAAAAAGAGCGAGAGAAGAGCCGAGAUAAAGAGCGGGAGGCAAAAGACAGAGACAAACGAACGUUGAAUGGCCAUCUCUUCACCACUGUCAGCUCUGCGCAUGUGGGAGGCCCCUGCCAGCAGUGCAACAAAACCAUUAACAACAAGGAAGCCUUCCUCUGCACAAACUGUAACACACACGUUCAUAAGAGCUGUAGGGAAAACUUGCCCAGCUGUGCAAAGGUGAAAAUGAAGUUCCCCAAACAGCAGUUUGCAGUAGCAGACUCAAACACCCUCCCAGUAGUCAUCCUGAGGUCCAAACCUACUGGGAUGAAGGAGCGGCCCCGGUCGGCCAUCUUGGUUCCUGAGGACAACUUGAUGCUGGGCGUCCCGCCUUCACGCAGACACACCAGCAUCAUGCCCUUUAACAGCACCAACCUGUCCAAGAGCAUCUCCAUCACCAACAUUGCUGGGCCGGUGUUUGAUGACAUUCCUAUCAAGGGCCGGCGGUACCUGUCCCAGUCAACUGACUCCCUGCACAAGACUAGCCUGGUCAACGAGUCCACAGAGUCCCUCACAGAUGAAGGGACGGAGAUGAUGGACAGCCAACUGAUGGGGGAGUUUGAGGCAGACGUGAAAGAGCUGGAGGCCGACUCAUGGACCUUCACGGUGGAGGAGAAGUUCCUGAAGCAGCUGAAGAAGGAUGUCAUCAAGAGGCAGGACGUCAUCUAUGAGCUGCUCCAGACCGAGAUGCACCACGUGCGGACCCUGCGCAUCAUGUCGGAGGUGUACAGCAAGGGCCUGCUGAAGGAGGUGCAGCUGGAGGGCCAGACGGUGGAGAGGGUGCUGCCCGUGCUGGACGAGCUGCUGGACCUGCACACGCAGCUCUUCAGCCGCCUGCUGGAGAGGAAGAGGGACAGCCAGCAUGAGGACGCGGCCACCGCCGGGGGCUUCGUCAUCCACCGGAUAGGGGACGUCCUUGUCAACCAGUUCUCAGGGUCCAACGCGGAGUGUAUGAAGAGAGUGUACGGCCGUUUCUGCAGCCGCCACAAUGAGGCGGUCAACUUCUACAAGGAGCUUCUAACCAAAGACAAACGCUUCCAGGGCUUUAUCAAGAAAAAGAUGAGCAGCAGCAUUGUGCGACGGUUAGGCAUCCCAGAAUGCAUCUUGCUUGUGACCCAGAGGAUAACAAAGUACCCAGUGCUGAUGCAGAGGAUACUACAGCACACAAACGAGGCAGAGCAGGACCAUGAGGACCUGACGGAGGCCCUGCGCCUGGUGAAGGAGGUGUUGGCAGCGGUGGACAGCAAGGUCAACGAGCACGACAAGAAGCGGCGCCUGAAGGAGGUGUACAGCCGCACGGACAGCAAGUCCAUCAUGAGGAUGAAGAGCGGCCAGAUGUUCGCCAGGGAGGACCUGGUCAGGGGGCGGAGACUGAUCCACGACGGGCCCCUGCAGCUGAAGAAUGCCCAGGGCCGACUGAAGGAUGUCCAGGCCAUGCUGCUCUCAGACGUCUUCCUCUUCCUCCAGGAGAAAGACCAGAAAUACGUCUUCGCCUCCCUCGAUCAGCGCUCCACCGUCAUCUCCCUCCAGAAGCUGAUCGUGCGCGAGGUGGCCAACGAGGAGCGAGGUCUCUUCCUGAUCACGGCGGGCAUCCAGAAGCCCGAGAUGGUGGAGGUCCUGGCCAGCACCAAGGACGAGCGCAACACCUGGAUGCAGCUCAUCCAGGACGCCAUGCACUCCAUGGACAAGGAUGAUGACGAGGGCAUCCCCAGCGAGACAGAGGAGGACAAGAGGCAGCUGGAGACCAAGGCCAAGGAGAUGAGAGACAUGCUGAGGAAAAAGGAUGAGCAGAUUGUGGCUCUGCUGGAGGAGAAGAUGAAGGUGUUCAGGGACAUGUGCGAGUGCGGGAGCCCAGUGGAGGAGCAGAGCUCCAGGGGCAGGGGGCUGUUCAGGGCCAGCAGCGAGGACGUGUCCAGGGGAGAGCCCAUCAUGAAGGACGCCCUGCGGGAAGUGGAGACGCUGCAGGUGCUAGUUAACGGCAGCCUGGGGGGGGCCGUGGCGGUGGGUCAGCAGACGGCCGCGAGCCCCGAGGCUGCAGGAGCAGGGGGGGUGGGCCCCGUGUGUCUGCCCCGGCGGGCCGAAACAUUCGGUGGCUUCGACAGCCACCAGAUGAACAUCUCCAAGAACGGAGACAAGGAAGAGGAAGUGGACACCGCUGACCUUCGCAGGACUGAAUCAGACAGCGUCUUAAAGAAGGGAGGAAAUGCUAACCUGCUGCUGCUCCUGAAGAAGAACAGCGAGCAGGUCCUCCUGAGCGUCACGCAUCUCCACGACCUUCUGAACACACUGCAGGCGGUCGUGGUCCAGCAAGACACCUUCAUCGAGGACCAGCGGCAGGCCCUCACCGACCGCCCGCCCUCCUCCGCCUCGUCGUCCUCGUCGCGCCCGUCGUCGCGGCCCAACUCCCUGAUCGAGCAGGAGAAGCAGCGCAGCCUGGAGAAGCACCGGCAGGAGAUGGCGUCCCUGCAGCGGCAGCAGGCCGCCCACGCCGAGGAGAAGAGGAGGCGCGAGCGGGAGUGGGAGCAACGGGAGCAGCAGCUGACCGACCGGGAGGUGGUGCUCAACGUGCAGGAGGAGGAGACGGGCCGGAGGCGCAGGGAGCUGGACGAGGAGCGCCAGGAGCUGCUGGGGAGGAAGGAGGAGUACCAGAAGGACCUGGAAAGGCUGAGGGACGCCCAGAGGAAGCUGGACCGAGAGAGGGAGCAGGUCCAGAGAGAGAUGGAGAGGAUGGAGCAGCUCAGGCUGGCCGAGAGGCGCAUGCAGCGGACUCCCUCCAGCACGUCUGAGGACUCCCUCUGGUUCCCCGGGGGCAGCAGUUUGUCCCUGGAGCAGGGGGAGUCCGGGGAGCUGGAUUACUCCUCCUCCCUCAGGAAGGACUCGCUCUCCAAGCCGGAGGCCAAGCCCAAGUCCAAGACCCUCAACCCGUUCUCCGUCAGGGGCGGCGGGGGCCAGACCGGGGAGAACCAGAUCCCCAACCUGCUCCUGCAGCUGACCAGACCCAAGGAUAAGAAAGAGAAGAAGAAGAAGAAAGGGAAGGGUUCAAGUGCUCAGGCUCCAGAUUCCUCGCAGCACCUGCCUGAGCCCACCCUGGAGGGAGACAUCUUCUACUGCUGACACGGCUCCUCUGGUGCUCAGCUUCCCAACAGCAAUGCAAUGACACACUCUCCAACCUACUGCACCAGCUGAAUGUAAGGCCAAGAUGCCAAAGUGCCCAGCCCAUACAACGCCCCAACCUCCUCACACAUAAACACACACACAAACAUGCACACUCAAAAGACACACGUACCCCUUCUGAGUAAUUGCACACAAACACAUACACACACACUUCCCCAGACGCCACUCACAUGCCUGUGGAAAACAGGAAAUGGAUGUCAAUGUCUAAAAUGAAUCAUGAGCUCCAUGUGCAAUUACCUUAACUUGUCGCCUCGACCCUCCUGACUGUUACCUGAUUUAAGAAAAACUCAACUUAAUGGAUACCACUUUCACAUCAGAGGCCCGUGAACACAAUGCCUGGUAGGAUGGUCUAGUUAGAGGCCUCCACACAGAACGGAAAAGAAGCAUAUGCCCCAAAUGAACAAGUUAAUUCAAGGCCCCUUUUACCGCAGUCAGAGAUAUCAGCCAAUGGGUGGCACCAAUGAUCAGUGACCGGUUACUCGUGUCCAAUAGAAAUGUUUCAGUGCAUUAUUCUGCCAAUGAGGAUGAAGACCUGCGGAAGGGGCACACUAAUCGUCCCUGAGCAGACUUGGGUGUGGUCAUCUGUUACCCUGGGUGAGAAGAACAAGACUAGCAAACAUCCUCUCUCCCUCUCCUGUGUUUGAACUGCAUAUAACCACAUGUAGCAUACUCCUGUUCUCCAAUGGACAUCAUUUUAAAUGUAUGUGUGUUGACAAAACACAUGGCUGUAGAGUAGACAGAAACAAUUGGAUAGAAAUGGUUCACUCACACCAUUUAAAAGCAUGACUGAAGCCAGCUAAUGAUGUAGAUUCAUAGAUGUUUUGGUUUUCAAGGGAUUUAGGGUAGGAAUUCACCACAUUAUGUCUGUGUACAUUUAAUGCUAUUGAGCACUCCAUUGAUUUGUUGUACUUCACUUGUGUUUUUAAAUAACAAAAAUAAGUCUUGUUGAAAUCCAGCGUAUUGUCUUCUCAAAGGUUCCAUAUCAUUUUGUUGAUUUCCGUUGAAAAUCCUAGAUAUCAAAUCUCUCAUUCAUUUGGAUGUUGAUCAAAUGUACAUGUUACUGUACAGUUCAUCAGAAAAGCUGAAUCGUGACUCCAAACCCCCAUUGGACUUUACUUUCAGUUCUGCUUGAAUUCCCUACCUGCUGGACAGGUGUCUACUGGAAAAAAUAAAAAUAAUUGUAACACAAACCUAAUAUGAUGCUUUCACAAAUGCAUCAUUUAACAGUGAUAUGUAUUGACUCAGUUAUAGUGCUUUUGAGAAAGAAAUAACUACAGAUUUGACGUGUUUGGGAUCCUUCAUUUGGACUAUAGACUGUCAUAGUACCAUUUGAGUCCAGAAGCGUAUGGGCGAGUCAAUGAGCUGCUUCAUGUCAUUUCUUUAUUAUUUGUUCAUAACUGGUGUGUAAUCCUGUCUAACACACCUGAACAAUUAGCAUUUUGGGCCUUUUCACAGUCAAUUGAGGCUGUGGCACAUCAUGGCCACUAGGGGGCACUGGAGCUGUGUCUCAGUCUGAACCAUCAAGCCAACAUAAAGAAGGAUGGAGUACCGUAGCUGUCUAAUGAUUCAUGCAGUGCAAAAUUGACAAUUUCUCUUGGAUUUUUUAUGCAGGGUCAUUGCCAUUUGUAGAUAGUGUUAAAAGCAUGGAGAGACGCACCUUCUAUCAAAAGUUACAGUGGUCCCUAUGGUGUUUAUAAUUGGCAAAGGAAACAGAUAUGUUGUCAGAAGUCAUAAUUGGUUAUUAAAUGAAACCAAUCCUUAAUGGCUUAAACAGGAAAGCCGGCCUGGCAAAGCUAAACACAUUCAUUAGAGCAAGCUCUCUCUCUCUACAAGGGACAAUCAAGAGAUUAAAGCCAAGCAUAUACAUUUCCCAUGUGAGUGAUAGGAAUAUAUAUUUGAUAAACCUUUCCACGAACCUUGAGUAGCCUUAAAUAUAAUGAUGAAAUGCACUAGAACAUGACCCAGCAUAUUCUCAGGAGGAUACGGAAUAGGUUUUGUACCUCUGCUUUGGAAGUAUGAAGAAUUGUUUGUACUAAAAGGUACAGAUUUGUUUUCUUUUGGAAUAAUGUAAAAAAGGGCAAAAACAAAUAUGUAAAUAUUACUUAUGUAAAGAAAAUUCAAAUGUAAGAGUAUUAAUUAUAUGUUUGAUUUGUGAUUUAUUGCAGCAUUUUGUAAGGAGGCUUUAUUUAUCUUUGAUCCCCGCCUUUUUGGUGAGGUUCAAUGUAAAGUCACAUUUCUGUCAUAUUAAAGAACUAUAAUGUC